CGAUGAUAAUAAUUAAUGAGACAAGAAAUUCACUAUAAAGUAAUCGUUUCUUCUUGACUACUAAUAAACCUAAAAAACACCAUAUAAAGUAAUCUAGGAUUUAAAUUAACAAUUAAUCUUCACUAAUUAUGUUUCCGAUUUGGGUUAUCUUCAUAUUCUGGCUUACAACCAUUGAAGCCAUUUCUAGUUCUGGUAGUAGUAGCUUCAAAUUGGAAGAAAGCCAUGCAAAACAAGUAUUAAAAAGUGCAAAGAAAGAGAAAGAUUGGCUGGUAUCCAUAAGAAGAAGACUCCAUGAAUACCCAGAACUCAAAUUUCAAGAAUACAAUACAAGUGCUCUUAUUAGAUCAGAACUUGACAAACUCGGCAUUUCUUAUGAAUACCCUUUUGCUCAAACUGGUAUUGUUGCAAUCAUUGGGUCUGGUUCUUCUCCUGUUGUGGCUCUUAGGGCAGAUAUGGAUGCCCUCCCUCUGCAGGAACUUGUAGAUUGGGAACAUAAGAGCAAAAUUGAUGGUAGAAUGCACGGUUGUGGACAUGAUGUUCAUACUACAAUGCUCCUCGGUGCUGCUAAAUUGUUGAAUCAAAGGAAGGACUACCUCAAGGGAACCGUGAGACUGCUUUUCCAACCAGCUGAAGAGGGAGGUGCAGGUGCAUCACACAUGAUAAAGGAAGGUGCCCUUGGAGAAGCUGAAGCAAUUUUCGGGAUGCAUGUUGAUUUCACAAUACCCACAGGAAGCAUAGCUUCUCUUUCGGGACCAGCUUGCGCAGCAAUGUGCAUGUUUAGAGUAAAAAUUAAAGGAGGAGGCGGCCACGCUGCGAAUCCGCACAAGACCAUAGAUCCAAUUGUAUCAGCAUCAUUCAUUAUUUUGGCUCUACAGACGAUCAUUUUCCGAGAAGCAGAUCCCUUUGAUGCCCAUGUAAUGUCAGUUACAUAUGUCAAAGGUGGUACAGCUUUGAACAUAAUUCCUCCGUCUGUUGAGUUUGGAGGGACACUUCGGAGUCUUACCACUGAUGGACUGCACUGGCUUCAACGCAGGUUGAAAGAGGUGGUCGAGCAAGGAGCAGCCUUACACAGAAGUCGAGCAUACAUCGACUUCGAUGAAGAAAACAACCCUCUUCUUCCAGCAGUUUUCAACGACGAAACAUUGCAUCAUCAUGUUGUUGCUACAGGCAAAGUUCAACUCGGACCUAAGAACGUACUUCCAGGGAAGACGGUGAUGGCAAGCGAAGACUUUGCCUUCUACCAAGAAAGGAUCCCAGGCAUCAUGAUUGGCAUAGGUAUAAGAAAUGAGACGCUUGGUGCAGUAUACUCCCCGCAUUCUCCUCAUUUCUUCGUCGAUGAAGGUGUUCUUCCUGUCGGAGCUGGAUUACACGCCAUCUUGGCUGAAACGUAUCUCAGUCGGCUUUCCUGAUGUACAAAUGCUUGCAACCGGAGACUUGUCUACAUUCGUCCGUUGGGUUCUGCCCUCCUUGUAUUUGUGUGAAAUAAUAAGAUAGCAGAUUUUUAAAUAGAUUUGCUUCAUUCACUCGAUUUUAAAUCGUUUCAACAUGAAAUUGGCUCGACAAGAACAUAACUUAAACUCGACAUUAUACA